AUGUCAAAGGUGGCAUUGGGUUGGUAUAGAAAACAUGUCACCGAGAAUCCCAAGUGCUUUACAAUGCCACUCGUGAAACUUGCAUGCACUGCAUUGGAAAGAGUUCCACUUACUCGACCCAAGAUCACUGAGAAAUUUAUGAAGAAAUUCCACCAGGAUUUGGUCUCCUGUCGAGCUCCAGCGGACAAUGAUCUUACCAAGAAGAUUUAUGAACGUCAAGUUGAGAAGAUCGACCCGUUGUUUAAAUGGUUGGAAUCGAAGUUUGGGUAUAAACCUGUUGUAUAUUCCGGUUUCCUUGGUGGUAAGCAGGAAGAAGCUCUGGUAACAGCCAUUGAAGGCCUGCUCAAAAGAGAUUGCGAACUAGUUGCUAUUGAUGCAAUUGCUGCAGCUGGUGCUCAUUCUUUAGUUAUAACCAUUGGAAUCUUUCGUGGUAGAUUGAAUACUGAGGAGGCCAUUGAGCUUAUUAGACUAAGAGAAGAUUUACAGGUAGACAACUGGGGUCUGGUUGACGGUGGACAUGACGUUGAUAUUGCAGAUCUUAAAGUUCAAGUUGCAUCUGCUGCUGUCUUGGAGUUUCUACAAGGAAAUGACUUCUGUUUUCAGGAGUUCAGGAGACCUAAUGCAAUUGAUGUGACUCCAAUAAACUAUGAACUUGUGUUUUAA